UGGGUUGACAGAACAGCCCUGACUUUGGGCCAAACUGGGGAGGGACCGUACUGUCGCCGUCUCUCUAUGCCUUUAUUUUAUUUUAUUUUAUUUUAUUUUUCUAAAUAUAACAUUGAAUCAGGGGCUCAGGGCUGAAAAUAUUUACAUACACACACACACACACGCGCACACACACGAGAUGCCUAAAUGUAGCCAGGUUAGGGGCCCGGGUUACUGGACCCGUCAAACUGAUACAGUAACGCUUACCAGUAACCACAGCUUAACAAUGGUCUGUCUUCAUUGACGGGCAGGUGAACGCGGGGCAGGGAUCCCCACUCUCCAAGUAGCAGAAUCCUCCCGUUCGCAAUUAAAGAGCCUUUGUUAAAAAAUAACCGAAGCCCCGGCCGGCGCGGCCCUCCUACUGCAGGGUUACUCGUUCCAUUCCCGGUCGAGGACAUGUACCUGGGCUGCAGGUCCCAUCCCUGGCCCCACCAGUCGAUGUUUCCCUUGAGCAUUGAUGUCUCUCUCUCUCUCUCCCUAAAAACCAAUGAAAACGUAUCCUCGGGCGAGGAUUAAAAGCAGAAUCGUCUAAGUUGUCAACACAGCGGAAGACUUCUGAUAACCCGGUGGGGCAAAUGCGUCGUGAAAAGAUGGGUCACUCGUGGGGCGAUGAUGAAUGUGUUUUGUGGCAUCGCUGACUCGCAGCCAGAUCAGACCCUCCGUUUAAACAAAGCUUUCUGAGACUCGAUCCCCAGUAGAGGAGGUCAUGAAACGGGUGCGCACCGAGCAGAUUCAGAUGGCCGUGUCCUGCUACCUCAAACGCCGGCAGUACGUGGACACCGACGGUCCCCUGAAGCAAGGCCUGCGCCUGUCCCAGACCCCCGAGGAGAUGGCAGCCAACCUCACAGUCCAAACAGAAUCUGGCUGUGCCAACAUCGUGUCGGCCGCCCCGUGCCAGGCGGAGCCCCAGCAGUAUGAGGUGCAGUUCGGGCGGCUGCGGACCUUCCUCACCGAUUCCGAUUCCCAGCACAGCCAGGAAGUGAUGCCUCUCCUGUACCCCCUCUUCGUCUACCUCCACCUCCACCUGGUCCAGAACAGCCCCAAGAGCACCGCCGAGAGCUUCUACAGCCGCUUCCACGGCCUGUUCCUGCACAACGCCAGCCAGAGGGACGUGGUCGAGCAGCUGCAGGCCACGCAGACCCUGCAGGACAUCCUGUCCAACCUCAAGCUCCGCGCCUUCCUGGACAGCAAGUACGUGGUCCGCCUGCCGGAGGACAGCUACCACUACCUGAUCCGCUACCUCCAGAGCGACAACAACGCCGCCCUGUGCCGGGUCCUCACCCUGCACAUCCACCUGGACGUGCAGCCCGCCAAGAGGACCGACUACCAGCUCUACGCCGGCGGCGGCGGCGGCGGCAGCGGCUCCUCCUCGCGGGGCGAGGGCGGCGGCCUGGAGCCCCCCGACGUGCCCGGGGGCCCGAUCCUGCAGAACGAGGCCGCCCUGGACGUCCUGCAGGAGAGCAUCCGGCGGGUCAAGGAGGGCCCGCCCUCCCUCACCACCAUCUGCGUCUACGCCUUCUACCACACGGAGCAGCUGCUGAACGCCGCCGAGAUCUCCCCCGACGGCAAGCUGCUGGCCGCCGGCUUCGACAACUCCUGCAUCAAACUCUGGAGCCUCCGGUCCAAGAAGUUGAAAGCCGAGCCCCACCAGGUGGACGUGUCCCGCAUCCGCCUGGCCUGUGACAUCCUGGAAGAGGAGGAGGAGGAGGAGGAGGCCGAGAUGAAGACGCUGCGGGGCCACUGCGGGCCCGUGUACAGCACGCGCUUCCUCGCCGACGGCUCGGGGCUGCUGUCCUGCUCCGAGGACAUGUCCAUCCGCUACUGGGACCUGGGGACCUUCACCAACACGGUGCUGUACCAGGGCCACGCCUACCCCGUGUGGGACCUGGACAUCAGCCCCUACAGCCUGUACUUCGCCAGCGGGUCCCAUGACCGCACCGCGCGGCUGUGGUCCUUCGAUCGGACGUACCCGGUGCGGAUCUACGCGGGCCACCUGGCGGACGUGGACUGCGUCCGCUUCCACCCCAACUCCAACUACCUGGCCACGGGCUCCACCGACAAGACGGUGCGGCUGUGGAGCGCCCAGCAGGGCAACUCGGUGAGGCUGUUCACGGGCCACCGCGGCCCCGUGCUGUCCCUCGCCUUCUCCCCCAACGGGAAGUACCUGGCGUCGGCGGGCGAGGACCAGCGGCUGAAGCUGUGGGACCUGGCCUCCGGGAGCCUCUACAAGGAGCUGCGCGGCCACACGGACAACAUCACCAGCCUCGCCUUCAGCCCGGACAGCAGCCUGGUGGCCUCGGCGUCCAUGGACAACUCGGUGCGCAUCUGGGACAUCCGCAACAGCUUCUGCAGCGCGGCCGCCGACGGCUCCUCGGGCGAGCUGGUGGGCGUGUACACGGGGCAGAUGAGCAACGUCCUGAGCGUGCAGUUCAUGGCCUGCAACCUCCUCCUGGUGACGGGAAUCACGCAAGAAAAUCAGGAACAUUGAUUUUUUUUUUUUUUUUUUUACACCCUCGUGGUGACGGACCGGGCGGCCGUGGAGCAAGGGCUCCGGGCUGCAUCUGACGAUCGAAUCACUGACUGACUGUGAAAGACUCCCCACCUCUCCCCGUGUCCCGUGCGGGCAUCCUGGGCGCGGACACCCCUUCCUCGGCCGCCCCCCUCCCCCAGUGUCCAGGACGCGGGGGCGCGGAGGGGGUACGGACAGGUCGUGGUGGUGAUGAGUGGACGCAAGAUCAAGAAUUGGGAUGCUCUGGAGGUGGGGGGGCACGUUCUUCCAAAGAGGCCCCCGUGUCCUCGUGAGAGCACCUCCUGUCUGUCUCCUUCUCCCCCCUCCCCCCCUUUGUGGAACCACGAUGCUGCUGCUGACCGGCCGGGGAACCCACUUUGGUCCCAGGAGGGUCGCAGGUCACAGCCGCUGGCUGGCAGGAAUGCAGGGGUGGGGGCGAGGAGCAUCCAGGAUUUUUAUUGUUAUUAUAAUUAUAGUAAUGAUGAUGAUGAUGAUGAUGAUGAUGAUGAUGAUGAUGGAGAAGGGGGCACCCAGCACUGGCAGAGGCAUCUCUCUGCUCUCCACCUUCAGGUCCGGCUCCCGGCACUGGCUCUGAUGCUUGGCAUUUUGAGGUUCAGGGAAUCCGGGGCUCCGGGAGCGCAGUGUCUUGUGGGAAAGGGAGGAUUUCUGGGCGACGGGUGGGUCACCCCCUUCCCCCUUUCCCCCGACGUGUUCCUAGAAGUGGGUGCAUCCAGUGGAGGAAGCCUGGGGCUCAGGCAGUGAUGGUGCGAGACCUCGUGGCUCACUUCUGUGAACAAGCCUCCACCCCCCUUCCCCCCGGGCCCCCGAAAUGUCGGAAAGAAAUGAAAAUAAUGUGAGGUGAUCAGUCCGGAGGCAGAAUGAGAAAGCGUUGGCUUCCCCCGCCAGCGUAAGGUCAGAGGGGUGGCUUUUCCGGCCUUUGGCUCCUUGAGGUCACCGCUCCCGCCUCCUGCAUCGCAGCGGCAGCUCGAUGCACGCCUUGUGAAACACACUGUAAGCACCAUGCACGCAUCCGAAAACCCCGAGGACAACGCCAGGUCUGAUUUGUGGGCAAAGGAUUCAAUCUUUCUGGUUUUUUUGGUUUUUUUCCCCUGAGAAGAGUUAUUUUGUAUUUUGUUUUCUAUUAAAAUGUAUUUAGUUUCCCAAAAACGAAGUGUUGGCAUCUCAUUUAAGCUGUGAGGAGAGGCGGGUGUGGCCUGGACUCCAGGCCGGACCGGCCCCUCGAAGGUGCACCUCUGCGCGCUGCUCAGCUCCCUUGGAAUCACCCUUCCUCGGCGUUCCCGCGGCUCCCCGAUCGCAUUUCAUACCGUUCGGACAUCCCAGACUGCCAUGCUCACCGGAGACGACGUCUGCCUUGCCACCCAGAGUUAUUUGGUGAGAUUCUACUUCCAGUUCUCCUCCUCAAAAGACCCCAUUACAAAAUCGCUAGCGGGUGUUAUUUAAUGAACUCGAACUAUGUAUUGAACCAUUUCCAGGUAAAGGACUCGUUCAGAGAUGUCAAUGACGCCAGGAUUUCUACAGUGUGCUUCCCAGUGUGCGUCAUUUUCUGGCAAGGACACGAGAAUUCCCAGGAGGGUGUCUAGGGAGACUCUAGAAUUCUGUGCCAAAAAACUUUUUUUUUUUUACUUGAGCCUAAGGUGCUAAUCGGACAUGUUUCUUAUAGAUAAAAAAUAUAUAUUUGAGACAUUGCAAGAAGGAUCCUUUGGCAACUUAAGACAGUUAUCACCUUCCACGGGGCCUGCAGGGAAAAGCCUAGAAUAUGCAGGCGUGCGUUCGUCUGUACGGAGUGAACCCCUCCGCUGGGUUGUACGGCGUAUUGCUAGAAAUAAUGAAAUUCUCCGAUUGGACCGAAUCAUUCGCAGAAGUGGAAAUAUCACUGAUCUGGAAGCUUUUGUGUUUGUUUGUUUUUUAAUGCAGAACUUCUUUGAUUAAACGCAGAAAUGUAUAGGUUGGUCAGUCUUCACCUUGCCGAUCAUGUAUAUAUACGUUUGUGAUUUCAAUGGAAGCCCUUAAUGAUUUGCAUGUUUGGCCUAUUUUUUUCUUUUUCUUUUGUGUGCUCAUUUUAAUGUGGGGUCAUCAAACCUUCUAGAACGCCCCUCACAACUUUCCCCCAAAUCUUGGAACUAUUAUGAGGUGGGUGGGUGUGUGUGUCUGUGUGUCCACAAGGGUGUACAGAGGACGUGGGCGCCCCCUUUAGGUGGCUCCCUGCUGUCUUAUUUCCUCUUCAGAGCAGUCCUAUGGUGUGGACAGGACGGGUGAUGCUACCAUUUUGUAUUGAAAAUAACCUAAAGCCUAAAAAAAAAGCUAUAUAAUUUAUUUUUUUGGAAUAAAGAAACUUUAGAAUAUUCAGUUAUUUUGAACCACAAUGAUGAAUCUGUGAUGUGUAUAUGGUGUGGGCGGGGUACAGCUGAAAUAAUCUUACACUGACAGGCUCAGUAAAUCUGAUUGUAAAUUUUAAGUUUAGCCGUAGACUGGCCGGAAGAAAGAAAGAAUUAUGAUAAAGGAAAGUCCUGAACAGAGAAAACGGGAAACGGUGAAAAGUUUUUCAAUUCAAGGUCUAGCUUCUAAGGAGACGAUGACUAGCUUUUCAUUGGUUUCAUGCGUGUAUUAAAAAAUGUCUUGGUUGUAUAAAAAAAAGGGGGGGGUAUUUUUUUGAGUACGUAGUCUUCUCAUUUUGCUGUCGCCCUGACUGGUAUUUAAGUAUAUGGAUUAAAAACUUAGUCUGUACUUCAA